AUGUCCAGCUCAGAUCAGGAUUACUACAUCGCUCAAGCUCAAGCUCGAAUGCAACAGUGGGGCAUCGCUCCCAUGCCCCUAGCAGAGUGCUGCUUCGUGUACCUCCAUCAAGAUCCGGAUCGACCUGACGAGCCUGACGCUGCUACACACGACCAGUGUAUUCCGGAGGACACCUUCCGUGGCAUGGACGACGCGGUGGACAUCUUGUUCAGGGCUCUCCCUGCCGCUUCCAUCCAGGAGGAGAGCGUUGCCUCUGCCCUCGAGGCGCCAGCCCAGGCGGAGCUGAGUAGUGCUUUGACGGCUCCACCCUGUCUCCCUGCCGUCACGUGCUGUCAGGACCCCUCGCCUGCCCCGCCGUGGACCUCGUCGGGUCCUCUGCAAAAGUCCAGCCGCUGGAGCGAUGCUCGCAAGGCACAGCACAGCCUCACGUGCCGCAGCAAGACCAAGCUCUCCAUCGCCCAGAAGCUCGCCAUCAUCCACGACUAUCAGGUCAACAGCACUCCGCAGUCCGUGCUGGCAGCCCGCUUUGGCAAGAGCAAGUCCGCCAUCUCCAAGAUCCUGCGGCCGGACAACGUCGCGAGGCUGAGGUCCAUCCAAAGCGUCGGGGUGAAGGCGACGCAGAGCAGCUGCGCGAGGUCGCACAACUUGGAGCUGGAGCGGCGGCUGCACGAGUACGUGGAGAUGAGCCAGCAGGACGGGCAGUGGAGGCAGCUGAUCCGGACGAAGGCCAAGGAGUUAGCGGGGGAGCUUGGGCUGAGGGUUUCGGGCGACGAAGGGAUGGUGCAAUCGGUUCAUAAAGCGCCACGGGUUUGA